UAUAGGUGGACCCUCAGACUGUGCUGAUAUUUUCACAAAUGCCAUUGGUACAAAAUCAGGUGUAUAUAAUAUAACGUUUUGGCGGUCUAACGUAACUAUAGAAGUUUACUGUGAUAUGUCAACAUUUCCCCCUGGAUGGACGGUUUUCCAAAAUAGAUUUGAUGGUUCCGUUGACUUCUAUCGAAACUUUUCAGAAUACGAGAAUGGUUUUGGUAACAUGACAGGAGAAUUUUGGCUAGGUUUACGUUAUAUCGAAGAAAUGACGUCACAAUAUGACAGUGCUCUCAGGUUUGACGUCACUGCUGCCAAUGACUCGCACAUUCACGAAGUGUAUCAAAAUUUUAGCUUGUCAAAAUAUCCGAAGUUCACAAUGCAUAUCGGAAACCAAACCGUCAAACCAUUAAAUGUAUCAGGACUCCUUAAUCAAAACGGACAAGACUUUAGCACAUAUGAUCACGAUGUUGACGCAUGGUAUAAUGCUGGCUGCGCACUUGUCAAUCAUGGCGCUUGGUGGUACAGUCAGUGCUAUGCGGCAAACCUUAAUGGCGAGUAUGGAAGACCGCCAGGAUCAAUUUCAACUAUCAAUAAAGGAUUUGGAGGCUUCAUUUUCAUUGCAUGGCAGCAAUAUCAUACCCUUAAAGCUUCCAAAAUGAUGUUCAGAAAACAGUUCCAUUAAAAUACGCUAUGUUUAAUUGUUUUGUUCUUUUUAUUAUGAUCGA